UAUUUCUAAACGCAUUCACUAACAUUACGCGGACGAAAUUCAACGAGCUUAAAUAUAUUCAUUUUCCAUACAAUAUAACAUUAAAAAUACAAAUUUCAACAUGAAACUUUCGAUUUCUAUUUUUUUAAUGUUGUUAUCUGUGUUAAUCAAUAAUUGUCAAUCAUCACCUAAUGGUCAUAAUUACAGACUAUACGAAAGUAGAUUAGAAGCCGAAGAGCACUGUAUUAGUACAAUAUUCAAAACGAAAACAAGUUUAAUUUUCAGAACUAAAGAGUUAGUUUUCGUUCACGCUUGUAAAGGGAAUCCGGAAAUUUAUCAUAAAAAUUAUAAUAAUGCGAAGAAAGAUUGUGUCUCUAAAUUUGAUUAUGGUCAUCAUUACUAUUGCACAUAUGAGAAAACAAUAUUUUUCGAUUAGAUCUCGCUCUCUCUCUAUCUUGAAAGAAAGAAAGAAAGAAAGAAUAACUCUAAAAAAAUGAAAUAAAUAAAAUAUUAUUGUGUAGAA